AUGCCUGUCACUCGCACCACCCGCUCGUCUGCUGCUCACCACAUUACGACAACGUCGGCGAAAACGGCGCCCACAUCCGCCGCACCCUCUGUCGGUGAGAUCGUACUGGACUUGUCUUUAGCUAGUUCUGCAUUCUCUGCCGAGACAUCGGAGCGCGACUCCAGCUCGGCGGGCAGUGGAAGUGGAAGUGCGACCAGUAAGCAGAAGAGGUAUCGCGACAGAGUCGAUGGCGAACUCGAGAAGUUGCAGGAGUUGUGGGACCGUACACAGUACCCUCCGCGAAAGGAGAGGGCGGGGCUCGCAACCGCGCUUGGGAUAGACAUCAAGAUCGUUGACAUCUGGUUCCAGAAUAAACGCAGGGCUAUCAAGAAGCAACAGCCUAAGGAAGUCGAAUACAUUCAGAAUGAACAGUCCAGAAAGCCCGAAAUGACCACUCAGCACGAAGCUACAUCUACUGCCAGUCUUGAUCUAUCAGUUUCUGUCUAUGCUACCGCGGAGUCUUCACCUCCAUCCAUUGCUCCCGUCAAUUCUGUUCCCCAGGAUCCGUCAUCCCCGUCUUCUCGAGUCCAAUCACCUUGCAUUAUUUCUCGACCUCUGGAUGGAUUCGGUUCGCAUCUCCUGCCUUUGAAGGACAUGCAUCAAGGCAAUCACGGCAAUGCGAUCUCUGCUCUUGCCCCCGCUGCAACCAUCUCGAUUCCUCUCUUGCAAAAGCUGAAGUCUCUGCCCCCGGAUCCUCGCUCUUCGCACUAUGCUUCUUCUACGAACAACCGCUACGCGCUAGUUCCUGCUCUAUUUCCGCCUCAGGCCUCUUUCUCCGCUCUGAGCCCACCGGUCACGAUCUUGAAGACGCCGCAUCGCGACAGCCACGGUGUUCAACCAAAACACUCUCAGACCUUACUCCCUUCGGCUCUCAUUUCGUCCAACUUCUCGCUGUCUGAGAAUAGUCACCCCCGCGUUCAUCACAACGCAGUCAAGAAGGUGAAGCACAACACCCAAUCGACGGGCGCACUCGACAAGGCUUGCGAGGAACGGAGGCGAAGGCACAAGCAACAUAGGGAGCGUAGACCCCACAAGGGACACAAGAAGGUGUUGGGAGGGUUCGCAGAGCAGCAGCCAAGGACCAUAGAAGAGAAGGGAUCUCCCGUCAACUACGAUGACUCAGGCUACGCUUCUGAUUCUGACGCUACAAACUCUCGAUUCCUAGAAUCGGAUGUUCGCACCUCCUCUGAGCCGGAGCUUGUAUACUCGCCGCGUAUGACUGAAGCAGCCCAGAUCCUCAUGUCUUUCAAGACGGGGAGGAUUUUCUAG